AUGGUUUACGAGAUGUGUAAACGUGGUAUGAAAAUCGAUGCAUUCGUUAAUGCCGCAUUGAUAUAUUGCUUUGCGAUGCAAGGGAAUUACGCUAAGGCUGAUUCACUUUUCAGUCAAUCAGUCAAAAAGUAUCACGAUCAAGAGCUGAUACCACAGUUUCAUUCAGCCUAUAUCAAAGCGGUUGCAGUUCGCCAAGAUCUUGAUCAGUUAGCGAAAGUGUUACGUUCCGCGAUUGUAUCACAACCCGACGAAACAACCACUAAGAAACGAUAUACACUUAACGUUCCAUAUGAAACUAUCUUCGAAACGAUUUGGAUACUAGGAAAAGGAUGCUCGAGUGGUAGAAAUAUGUGUCAUGAAAAUAUUUCUACGCAGAUGUUAGAACAUACGAGUCGUCGUAGAGGAUUCUUUAAAUAUUUGUAUCGAGAGACUGAAAGGCACAUUGCGCACGGCAAUUAUUAUUGUGCUGCGUUACUGAUCGAAGAAGUGAAACGUUUGCGUGACUGCUUGGAGAAUCAGCAGAGAACAAUAUUUUUGAAGCAGUUAAUGACGCGUUUCGGUAACCAAAUGGUCGUAAAUAAGGCAUCUGCGGAUGAAAUGAAAAGGAUCGCCAAUCGAAUAACCACUGGACUUGGGCACAGUGUUCGUUUCGCGGAUACGUUACUUUAUUCGAUAUUGACGUGUCGUCAUAUGAAUGCUGAAGCGAAAUUCGAUUAUUUCAAUGAAUUAAUCAAUAUGGUUGAUGAGUCACGAGAAAGGAUCCAUUUAAUCUUACCACUUUUGGCUUGUUGUGAAUCCCUGCAAGAACGUUUGAAAAUAUUUUUUCGUUGUGCUUCAAUUGGUUAUAAGGAUAUAUCCGAACUGGAUAUUCGGAUGCUCUCCAGAUUGCUACUGAAUCCGAUGUUCGAAUUUCAUUCAUCGAAAGCACUCUCGGAGAACGCCACAUUCGAUCGUAUGUCAAAAGUGCUGAAAAGCUAUUCAAUAGCGCCCGAAGUCACCUGGAAGUGUAUUAUGAAUUGGUGGAAACUUAAACGAACCUCAGAUAGUGGUUAUUAUAUAGCAGCGAAUGAAGUUGCAAUGCAAAAUUGGCUGAAAUCACAAUAUGACACGCUGUUCGCUCCGAAAAAUUCCUCGUCCACAUCGUAUUAUGAUGGCGAUAUGUCACUGCAAAAGUUCAUCAGUUUCAUUAAUAAAGAGGACGCAGAAAAGGUGCAUUUAUUUUUGAAGCUUUAUGGCUUUCCGGACGAACUUGACUAUGACCAAUAUGUUCCGCGUUUAUUGGAAAUUUAUUUGCAUAAUCAAGAUUGGACAUCUUUAAUGAGUUUUCUUCAUAUGUUGUCGUCUUCAUCUAGUCAAAACAAAACAUGUUUGAAGAAUUAUCANGUAUUGCAAAUAUUACGAAGGCACGUCGCCGAUCAUUCCGAUAUAAAUUCGUCAAUUGAAUUCGCGUACGAUGUGCGACGAUUGUUUCCCGACGCUAUAUUCCAAAAGGAGAAUUUCUAUCACUCGAUAGUGGCAAUACAGAGUUUAUUCGCGGCAUGUUUGGAAAUACCGAAACUUCAAAUUGAAACGAUAACGCAAAGUAUGGAUUUGUUGAGGACGAUCAUCAAAUUGGAUUUGUUCGAUUUACAACGCGAAGAAACAAUAUCGGAUCAAUUUGUUCGCGUUGUUCUGAUUAGGUAUUGUUGUAUUUCAUUGGCGUUGCUAAAACUAUAUUUUCACAUAGGUGCUAUUCGUUAUCACAUAUAA